CGCCGCCGCGCAGGAGUAACGGAUUACAUGUUCCAUGCGCAUCAGCCAUUUCCAACGCCUGCCGAUGAGAUUGAUUGAUUGAUUGAAACCUUUAUGGGGAAAAUCAGUUUUCAAACAGCUCAUGACAUCUAAAAAGAGGAAGAUAAACAGAAAACAUGAGCCGCCGUAUCUACAUGUGAAGGAAUGUCUUGGAACAGUUUGGGAAACACCCUCUCAAACUACUGUCACUAUCAAACCUCAAGAACUUUACUCCGCUGCGCUUUUUCUGUCCCACCUUUGAAACUUCAGCCGAGAUAAUAUUUAACCGCAAAGCAUAUGUGUGGCACCACUAGUAUAGUCCACUGCGUCGUUUAGGCAGUGGUUUUGGACAAUUAUUGGAUUAUUUCACGCCUUUGGCAGAAACAAUGGUUUCCAUCGCCAAGGUGCUCCUCGGGGUCCUUGGGGUUGCAGUGGUCGUGAUUUUAAUAGUGGUUCCCACGGUUAUUUUCUUAAACGAGGAGAGUCCGGACGACAGGAGGACUUUCACCCUGGAUGACGUUUUCAACAGCUCCCUGAAGCCCAGGUCAUACAGCAUCAGGUGGAUCUCAGAUCAUGAGUAUCUCCAUAGAUCCCAGGGCGCCGUCUUCCUUCAGAAUGUUGACACCAACACCAGCACAGAACUCCUGAGCAGCGACAAGUUUACUGAAAAGGGAGCGUAUGACUAUCAGCUGUCUGCUGACCGCAAAUAUGUUGCGUUCAUGAGCAAUUACACAAAGCUGUGGAGGCAUUCAUUCUUAGCGACGUAUUCGCUGUAUGACCGACUGGCAAACAAAUUUAUCCCUGCAUCUGACAUUCCUGAUGACGUCCAGUACUUCGCCUGGGCUCCUGAAGGGCACAAGUUGGCCUUUGUCUGGGAGAAUAACAUCUAUGUAAAGACCAGCCCUGUGUCGCCACGGGUGCAGGUCACCUUCAGCGGGCGCAUGAAUGACAUUUCCAACGGGAUUCCAGAUUGGGUGUAUGAAGAGGAGAUGUUCUCGUCCAACCAGGCCCUGUGGUGGUCACCUGGAGGGAAAUACGUGGCCUAUGCCGUGUUCAAUGACACUCAGGUUCACAUGAUAGAGUACUCCUGGUAUGGUAAUUACCAGUACCCAACUACUGUUUUCAUCCCAUAUCCUAAGCCAGGUACUCCCAACCCAGUAGUGAAACUCUUUGUUGUGGACACUGACGAUGUGAAAAACAUUACAGAAGUUGUUGUUCCAGCCUCAUUCAGCUCAGAUGAGCACUACUUGGCCUCUGUUACUUGGGCGACUGAUAACCGCUUGGCUGUUCAGUGGCUUAAGAGGAUACAGAACCACCUCAUCCUCCAGAUCUACAGCUUCAGCGGAUCUAGUUGGGAUCCUAAUGAGAAACUGGAGGUGAAGAGCAGCACUGGUUGGGUUGGACGGUUCUCGCCACCAGAACCAAGCUUUGCUGCAGACAAGAACAGCUAUUACCUCAUCAUGAGCGAUGAGAGCCAGUACAAGCACAUCCACCACGUGGUUGAGGGAACAGCCAGACCCAUCACCUCCGGACAGUGGGAGGUCAUCGACAUUCUGAAAGUCACCACAGACAGUGUAUAUUUUACAAGCAAUGAAAAUGGUGGCAAGCCAGGAGGAAGGAAUGUUUACAAGUGGAGCAUACGGGCCACACCUGGACAGGACAGGAAAUGUCUGACCUGUGCAUUUAGUGACGAGUGUGAAUAUAACUUGGCUUACUUCAGUAGCAAUGCCUCAUACUACCGUCUGAGCUGCAACGGUCCCGGCAUCCCUUACCAUGCUCUCAUGGAUACCACAACCAAUUCACAGCUCCGGGCUUUAGAGGAGAACACUGCAUAUGCUCAGAACAUAGACCAAAUUGCGAUGCCUACGACGCGUCGAGAGACAAUCAAACUGGACAAAUACAAUCUAUGGUAUCAAAUGACUUUACCUCCAGGGUUUGACGAGUCCAAGAAGUACCCUCUACUGAUAGAUGUAUACGCAGGGCCUUGCAGUCAGAAAGUGGACUACAGACACAGAGUGAGCUGGUCCACCUACCUCGCCAGCACAGAGAAAAUCAUUGUUGCAAGCUUUGAUGGAAGAGGGAGCGGUUACCAGGGCGACCGCUUGAUGCAUGAGAUCUACAAACGUCUGGGAACCUAUGAGGUGGAAGAUCAGAUAACAGCAGCUAAGGAAUUCAUCAAUAUGGGAUUCAUUGACAAAGACAGAGUUGCCAUUUGGGGAUGGUCCUACGGGGGAUAUGUCACUUCAAUGGCUUUGGGUGCUGGAAGUGGCGUUUUCAAAUGUGGGAUGGCAGUGGCUCCAGUGUCCAAGUGGGAAUAUUAUGAUUCCAUCUACACAGAGCGCUACAUGAUGCAGCCCUCGGAGAAUCAGGAGUUCUAUGCCAGCUCAACUGUGACUGCCAGGGCCAAGGACUUCCACUCAGUGCAGUAUCUUCUGAUUCAUGGAACAGCUGAUGAUAAUGUUCAUUUCCAGCAGGCAGCAGAGAUCUCCGAAGCUUUGGUGGAAGAGCAGGUGGACUUUGAAGCCAUGUGGUACACCGACAAGGAUCAUGGACUCGAGGGCUCAGCCAAUAAACACGUCUACACACACAUGAGUCACUUCCUCCUCAGAUGCUUUGCAUGAAAUUUAGCAAGAACUCUUUUCUGGAGAUUUUCUAAUGUAAAUAAAAAAAUUAUUGGAAAGAUAAAGACGGGAAAUGAAGAAGUGAAAAAUGGUCCAAGCUAGGAUUUCAUGUGUGUGCUUGUGGAAUGUUGCCAUGCAACAUGUGAAAAUGGACAUUUCUGCUUUUACCAAUGAACAUGAAAAUGUUAUUCAUUUUUUACAUUUUGUAAGUUUAAUAUUUUCAAAAGUCUUAAACUGAAGAACAACAUAAGUAUUGUACUGUAAUAUGUUGGAUUAAUCGUGGUAAUAUUUUGUCUGUAAAACUUUAGCGCUUGUACAUCCAGAAAUCUCUGCAAAAUUGUGUAAAGUAAUGCAUAAGAGGCACCAAAUCAAUCUCAUAAGGUUUUACUAAAUUUACAGGAUUAUUUAAUUUUUGUUGUAUUCAUAUUUUCUUAAUUCAUGAAAAAUGAAAUGCUCAUAUUGAGAAACAUUGAA